AUGACCUUUGUCGGCUUGCUACUUCUACUCUGUCUGGCGGUUCCUACACUUUCAUUCCAAUCAAUGUCGAAUAAAGUACAGUCGCGAAAGAGAAGUGCAGGCGAGCCCUCUAAAUUAUCGGCUGUUCCCAAAUUGAUCGUUUUCGAUUUGGAUAAUACGGUUUGGACACCGGAGUUGUAUCAACUGAGAAAGCUUGAACGCGAGAAGAAGAUCCCUAAAGCAGGACAGGAUGUUCAACUAAUGGAUGGAAUGAAAAUUGUCUUGGAGAACCAUGUUCCAAAGUUGCAAGAGCAAGGAGUUCAAUUCGGUGUUGCGUCAAGAACAAAAUCAGUCGAGUGGGCACACUCAUUGUUGGGACAAUUUGGGUUGAAGGACCAAUUUCCUUAUAUUGAGAUUUUCCCCGGCAACAAAAAAAAGCAUUUUCAAAACAUACACCUUGCGACUGGCAUUGAUUUUGCAGAUAUGCUUUUCUUCGACGAUGCACGUGAUGGAAAGUAUGGGAAUUGUGAGCCUGUUAGCGAAAUGGGAGUCUUGGCGUGUCACUGCCCUAAUGGAAUCUACAACGAAGAUGUAUUUACUACUGCGCUCGAGACCUACAGUGCAUGGAAUCGGUCUCCAAAUCACAUCAUCGAAUGGGAUGGUAAAGUCACCAACUCGGCCGAAGCUAGCACUGAUAGAAUUCCUGGCUUGGUCAAGAAGUUAGUUCAUGACAAAAGGUAUGGUUUUAUUCAAUACAGAAAAGGGAACGCUCGAGCUCGUGACAUGUUCUUCCACUUUAAUAACCUUCCUGAGGGCAAGUGUGCUCUUGAAGAAGGAGAUGAGGUAACUUUUGAAAUCAGGACAGAUCCACGAAAUGGAAAGCUAAUGGCAGCUGAUAUUGAGCUCGAGAUGACCAAGGAUAGUGACACCGUCCAAAUGAGAGUUUUCAGUAUGAACAUGCCGUUCGCAGCCUUGCUGGCAAAUGGCUACAAGACUCUUGAAACAAGAAAUGGGACAAUGUUUACUCCGUACGCUGAAGGCACUCAAAUGCUACUUCAUGUUGGCAGACGAACCUAUCCAGACGGAGAUAAGCAUAUUGAAGUUAUGAAGUCUGGUGGAUUGUCAGAUGGUGAGAUUGAAGAACUUAAGAAACUACCUCCUGGCUUUGGACGAGGAAAUGCUGUUGCGAUUGUCGAGCUCGGCAGGACGUAUGAAACCACUCUCGAGGAAAGAAGUGAUCCCGAAUUUCAAAGAAAUGUUGCUGCAUUUGGAGCUGAUAGUGGUAAGAUUGUGACAGAAAUUAAGCGUGCUGCUUACUUGAAGAAGCCAAUCAGGGUACAAGGUGCUGGUGGAGUUUUCAAGGCGCAAAUUGAUCCAGAUGUUGUUCCAGAUGGUUGGAGAGUACCGACCAACGAGCCUGUGGACGGCCUGGCAGAGUUUGCUUCGAUAUCAGGUUAA